UUCCGGAACGACCCGAGCGUGCGCGUGCUGCUCCUGCCGCUCAAGUCUGGCGCCAACGGCAUCUCCCUUGUCGAGGCGCAGCACGUCUUCCUCUCCGAGCCGCUCCUCGAGCGCGCCGUGGAGGCGCAGGCCGUGGGCCGCGUCCACCGCAUGUCGCAGACGCGGCCGACGGUCGUGCACAGGUUUGUGAUGCGCGGCACCAUUGAGGAGGCGAUC